GGUAAUUCUUCCUCCGAUCCAUCGGGUGUCAGCACGCUUGUAAGUGUGUUUGUGUCCGAGCAGUGAAGAACACGGAGACUUCACCGGGCAGAGUUAGGCAACGUGGCCUUAAAAGAGACCCGAGCUCAUCUCAAUGAGAAGCACACUCAGUUGACAAUCUCAGAAUAUCUAUAUAUAAGGGUCACAGUAUCUAAACGCGCGAAAACAUGGCUGAUGUGGAGCAAAACGCAGCUGUGCCAGACGGCUCCAGUAACGAGUCGGAUGCGGUGAACGGGACCGUGGGCCGGUUCGUGUCCAGUGCCGAAGGCACCGCGCUGGCGUACGGGAGCUUGCUGCUCAUGGCCCUGCUGCCCAUCUUCUUCGGAGCGCUCAGGUCCGUGGGCUGCUCCAAGAACAAGAAUGCUUCAGAUAUGCCCGAGACCAUCACAAGCAGAGAUGCUGCUCGAUUCCCCAUCAUUGCCAGCUGCACGCUCUUUGGCCUAUAUCUCUUUUUCAAGAUUUUCUCGCAAGAGUACAUUAACUUGCUGCUGUCCAUGUAUUUCUUCGUGCUGGGAAUAUUAGCGCUGUCUCACACAAUGAGUCCCUUUAUGUGCAGAGUUUUCCCUGCUAACGUGCCAAAUAAGCAGUACCAGCUGCUGUUCACCCAGGGCUCAGGAGAAAGCAAAGAGGAGAUCGUCAACUAUGAGUUUGACACGAAGGAUCUGAUAUGCCUGGGAAUCAGCAGUGUGGUAGGGGUCUGGUACGUCCUCAAAAAGCAUUGGAUAGCCAAUAACCUGUUUGGUCUGGCUUUUGCCCUGAAUGGAGUUGAGCUGCUCCACCUCAAUAACGUCAGCACUGGAUGCAUCCUGCUGGGAGGUCUGUUCGUUUACGAUGUGUUCUGGGUUUUUGGCACCAAUGUUAUGGUGACGGUUGCCAAGUCCUUCGAAGCCCCAAUUAAGUUGGUUUUCCCUCAAGAUUUGCUGGAGAAAGGUUUGGAUGCCAGUAACUUUGCCAUGUUGGGACUGGGGGACAUUGUCAUUCCGGGGAUCUUCAUUGCUCUGCUCCUGCGCUUUGAUGUCAGUUUGAAGAAGAACACACGUACUUACUUCUACACCAGUUUCCUGGCUUACAUCUUUGGCCUGGGUCUUACCAUAUUCGUUAUGCACACCUUUAAACAUGCUCAGCCUGCUCUGCUGUACCUGGUCCCUGCUUGUAUUGGAUUUCCAGUGCUGCUGGCCCUGUUUAAAGGAGAACUGACUGAGAUGUUCAGAUACGAAGAGUCUUCACCAGAGGAGGCGUCAUCGAAAGAGGAAAUAACAGAAUCUGAUAAAGACAAAUAAAAAUGCUAAUUGAGCUCUCAUUCAUGUCCUACAUUUGUUUGUCCUAGUGAUGUGGUCAUGUUCGGAGUCUGCUCAUGGCAGUCACAUGUUCUGUACUUUUUAACUUUAUUUUAAUGAUGUACAACAGCUUUCUCAGUGCCUGUGUAUUCUCCUUGUUCCUUUUGUUCAUUUCAUUGCCUUCAACAUUCAUAUUUAAAAAUUUGAUUGGCUAUUUGCUUUCAGAGGUUUUUUUUUUUAUUAUUGUUAUAAUACAGUAUUUGAACAGGGUAGAAGUUAGGCUCUCUGAAUGUCAGAUUGCUAUAAACAUUUAUUAAUAAUCUGAUGUCACAACAUUCCUGUGUAGCUGGUUUCUGUUAUUAGUUUUACACUAGGAUCUCAUAAAAGAUUCAAUUUGUGAAACACAAGUAAUUGUCCGUAUUUUAUUACAUGAAAGGGCAAAAACAUUUUGGAUUAAAUAUUUUUACUUUAUGCAAGUGUAAACAAAAGUGGGACCAAAUAUCUCCCUAGCAAGUGAUGGUAGUGUUUACAUGUUUUCUGGAUGUAGUUGAAUGGUUCUGAGUUUAGUUUUCUGUAUUUGCCAUAUUUGUUUGUACACCUCAUGCUUCGCUUGGUAACCAUCAUUUUACAGUCGUCUCUGGUGUAAUCUUUCUUUCCUCAAUGUAAAAGUUUAAGCUUAUGUGAGGAGCAUUUCUUCCUCAGUUUAGCUUUUUAUUUGCAUUAAACUGUGGUGUUUACCACUGUAGAAAAGCAUA